AUGAAUAAAAUAAUAUUAUUGCAGCAUGCCAGUGACAGGGAAAUGCUAAAUUUGGUUAAAUCGCAAACAUCUGAAUCAACUAAACGUGAAUUACUAAUAGAUUAUUUAAAAUGUUCGGAGUCAUUAAAUGGCGAUAUUCUAGUUUACAGUCCCACAGUAUCUUCAUCACUUGAUUGGGGCGAAAUAUUGCAUAGAAAAGUUGAACUGAGUUUAUUGAAAGAUGAUAAUAUGCGUUCUAAAAUCACUUGGAAGUGGAAUAAUAAUGCUGAACAAUUUGAAUAUGUGUAUUCAAUCUUGGGAUUAGAAGAUAUCGUAGAAAGGCAUUCUAAUAUUUCGCAUGUUCCUGAUUUUUAUUGCUUAUUAUGUGCCAGUAGUUUCCCUUUUUCUCAGGCUCAACUUGAUAAUCAUCUGCGUUCGAUGAAUCAUGUGAUCAAUUAUUUAGUGCAAAUGGAACUUUUAAUGAAUAAAAAAACGGAGAAAAGAAUGGCAAAAUUUCGUCAAUUUUUGGCUGAUGUUUUGCAAAAUGAUAAUGAAAGGACAACAGGAAUUCGUAUUUAUCAUCCUCUUGGUGCGCAAAAUUUCGAAGAAGCAACGAAAAUGCAGGAAUGUAUUAUAAAAAUAUUUGGUCAGAUUUGA